AUGGUGUUGCUGUGGAUGCUGGUCUGCUCUGGUCUGACCGAAGCUAUAGAGCCCAUAAGUACCAGCAUCGCCGUGGGCAUGGCAGCUGCUCUCACCGGGUUUCUGGCCAGUUAUCCGAACAUCCUCUACUACUUCCACGAGUGUUGUCGUCCGGAGUGGAUUUCUUUCAACAAAACAGUAACAGCCACGGUAGCAGUGGGCGGCAUUGGUGCUUGGACGCUUGGGACAAUUUACAAAUACUUUCAAGAGAGUUGUAGCUCUAAAUGGAUUGCUUUUAAUUCUACGGGUCUUGAGGUGGACUUGGAGAGUAAACUUUUUGGGCAGCACAUUGCCUCACGGAUCAUCUCUAAAGCUGUAAAUGGGUUCAUGAACAAUGACAACCCAAAGAAGCCUCUGGUUCUGUCCCUGCACGGAUGGACGGGGACGGGGAAGAAUUUCGUCAGCAAAAUGAUCGCAGAAAACCUCUACAAAGAAGGAAUGCACAGCAGUUUUGUGCACGUUUUCACAUCGGAACUGCAUUUUCCUCACGCCAGUCACAUCGAGACGUACAAGUCUCAGCUGCAGCAGUGGAUCAAAGGCAACGUCACAAACUGUGGCCAGUCCAUGUUCAUUUUUGAUGAGAUGGAUAAAAUGCACCCGGGUCUGAUUGACAGCAUCAAGCCUUACCUGGAUUACUACGACAAACUGGACGGAGUCUCGUAUCGGAAAGCCAUUUUUAUCUUUCUCAGCAAUGCUGGUGGUGAGAGCAUAAUACAAACUGCUCUAGAUUUCUGGAAAGCUGGACGAGACCGGGAGGAGAUUGAACUCAGUGAUCUAGAAACUGCACUUUCCUUAUCAGUAUUUAAUAACAAGAAAAGCGGCCUGUGGCACACGAGUUUGAUUGACAAGAACUUGGUGGACUUCUUUGUUCCUUUUCUUCCUCUGGAAUACAAACACGUGGUUCAGUGCGCCAUGGCUGAGAUGGACGCCAGAGAUAUAGAAGCAGACGCGUCGAUCGCAGAUCAAGUGGCUAGAGAUAUAUUGUACUUUCCCAAGUCUGAGAGAGUAUUCUCAGUCACAGGAUGCAAGACGAUAAUUAGUAAAUUGGACUACUAUGUGUAA